GAUAGACAGACAGAAAAAUUAAUUGAUAGACCUGUUUGGAGUACGCAGCGGUAUUAAUAUUUAUUGUACACGGUUUAAUGAUUAUAUUUUUAUUUUGUUUUUAGGAAAUGGCACGUUUAGCUGUAUUCGUGGUGAUACUCGCAGCCAUCACAAUCUCUAUGGCCCAGAGGCCAUUUUACGCUGGUGUCCGACCUAUCGGCUAUCCGGUUAUGGCAACGGAUACAUACUCUCAGCUAUCCAACAGAUUUGGUGAGGACGCACCGGUUCCUAUAGAAACCAAAGGAAAUGUAAACUUAAUAAACAGGAUAGACAGUUUGCCCAUAGACAAUAGACCUUUUUGGUACACAAACUGGCAAUAUUACGACGCCUUAAGAAGACGCCCACAAACGUGGCCAAUAAGGCCCAACAAUUUCAUCAACUGAAAAGUUCUAUUUUUAAAUUCUUUAUGACUUAAAAUCUGCAUAAAAUAAGAUCGUGAAUUCUGUAUUUGAAAUAUAGAAUUACUAAUUUACUGACUGACUGACUAGACUGACUGACUAGACUGAAUAAAUAAUAUUGUUUCGAAAUGCACUUUUGAAAAUAGCUCAUGCAUAUAGUUUUAUAGUGGAAUUGAAUUGAAUUUUAAUUUUAUUAUUAUUUAUGGUGUAUCAAUGGUUGUGUCAAUUAUGUUACAAUAUUUAUAUAUAUCUGUUAGCCACUAAGAGAUCCAUACAUAUAGCAGUUAUUUUAGAACGAUGAGAAUGUGCCUGGCUUUAUUGUUGUUAAAUAAGAGUUAAUUAAGUAUUCCACACUUAGAUUAAUAUAAGAACUUAAUCGUAAUGUUUGUUGUUUGUUUUGUAAAACAAUAGAUGUAAACUUAUCAUUAUUUUACUAUGUAAAAAAACUGACUGAGUGUUUUUAUGUUUAGUAAAGUAUUGUCAGAUAUAAAAUAUUUUUAAUCGUGGGAAUAAAGUAAGGAUGUAUAUUUUAAGUAUACGAACAUAUUUUAUUUAAAUCUCUUUAAUAUCUACUCAAUGUA